AAUUUGCGACCUUCGAUUGUUUCCCAAGAAAAUGGAAUUAUUGAACCUUACCUCUGUAUAUAAUUUAGAAAAAUGAAUUUCACUGCUUUUACUUCAUAAAUAAAUAAACUGAUAAAAAUGUUCGCCUUUUCUAGGAAAUCCUCAUUAAUACGAGAUCUAGUAUAAAAUUUGUGAACUUUAAAGUCAAAGAAGCAACUUUUAAUUAAAUGUAAAUUGGAAAAAAUGUGAGAUAUAUAUUUUUUCUAGAGAAAAUUCCAUAAGAUUGAGGAUUUCCCAUGAAAUGGUCAAAGGAGAAACUUUGAUAUUUCAUGACCUGUGAGUUAGUUAAUGUGGAGGUUGAUGCUAUCCGGAGGCUGAGGAGGCCGGAAAUUUGGAAAUUGUCAGCGAAAAAUGAACGAGAUACUGAAUCAGAACUUCAGUCAAGCCGAAGAUGACGAUCAAUACAUUCCUUAUGAAAACCGACCAGAAACAUACAUUGUGCCAGCUGUAUUUCUUAUUAUACUGGUCGUUGGAGUAGUCGGAAAUGGAAUUCUAGUGCUUACCUUGCUGCGGUACCCAAGCUUAAGAAACAUUCCAAACACUUAUGUGCUUUCCCUGGCUUUUGGAGAUCUUCUGGUGAUAAUAACAUGUGUACCGUUCACGUCCAUUCUCUACACAAUCGAAUCUUGGCCUUGGGGUUUGGCAGUCUGCAAGAUUUCAGAAUUUGCUAAAGAUAUAUCGAUAGGAGUUUCUGUCUUUACCCUCACAGCACUGUCAGCUGAAAGGUACUGCGCCAUUGCUGACCCUCUACGAAGUCACGUAACAGGAUUAAAUGCCAAGCCGUUGACCGUCUUGAUAGCCGUCCUGAUUUGGGUUCUGGCUACAAUUCUCGCUAUGCCAGCAGUUUUUUUCUCUUACGUUACGUCGGUUCCUCUAAAUGGAAACCACAGUAUCAUGAUUUGUUACCCGUUUCCCAAAGAAUUUGGUGAUAGUUACGAGAAAGGGAUGGUGCUUUUCAAGUUUCUGGCAUAUUAUGCGAUACCUCUAUGUAUUAUAUCGGGAUUUUAUUUAGGGAUGGCACGACAUUUGGAGCUGUCUACUAGAAAUAUGCCAGGAGAGAUUCCUGGUGCCCUCCAACAUUGUGAACAAAUACGCACUCGAAGAAAGGCAGGAAAAAUGGUGAUUUCCUUUGUGAUCAUUUUUUUCAUCUGUUUUUUACCUUAUCACAUAUUUAUGCUAUGGUUUCACUUCUACCCAUCAUCACGUGAAACAUACGAUGAUUACUGGCAUGCCUUUCGAAUAAUUGGCUUUUGCCUGAGUUUCAUCAAUAGUUGUGUCAACCCUAUCGCUUUAUAUUUCAUCAGUGGUACUUUCCGAAAAAAGUACAACGACUACCUUUGUUGCUGUCUAACGAAACGAAGAAGAAGAAGAAGUGCCAAUAGAGAAUUGUCACGUUCCAGAGGAAAUAAUGCGAGUAGAAAUUACGAAACAAGUUUUAAUUCUAUUCAUCGAAGACAUACACAGGAAUUGAAUACUACGGUAUUUUUAAGCAUAGACGGAGAUACUAAUGACAACGAACAUAACCUCUCUAACACUUCAAGUAUCUACCAAGAAGUUCCUGCCAAAGAUGAGGCGGAAAUAGAAACUUCGAAAUUAGGAAAUUCCUUACUACAAUUUGCAGCUACUAUUAGUGUUUGUAUUUUGACAAUUGGAAAUGGAACAGUCGACUCAUGGACAUCACCAGCCCUGCCUUUUUUGACGAGUAACAAUUCGGCAUUUCCUGUAAGCGAAUUUCAAGGAUCAUGGAUAGCUUCCACAUCAGAUCUUGGAUCAGCCACAGGAAAUUUAUUAACUCCAAUUUUCUCCUCUUUCAUUGGUCGAAAAUACUCUCUACUCAUUUUCGCCAUCGUGGAAGUCAUUUCCUGGGCUAUGAUAAUGUCAGCAAACAACGUAAUUACAUUGUACACAGCACGAUUUAUUAGUGGUGUCUCUUGUACACUUGCCAUUAGUUUUACCAUAAUGUAUGUAGGAGAAAUUGCCGGAAAAGAGAUUAGAGGAAUAUUACUCCUAAUAGUGAGAAUAUCAACCCAAUUGGGUGGCUUAUUCGUCAAAACUGUUGGAGCUUACCUCCCUUAUCAGAUGAUGAAUGUGGCAGUAAUUUCAAUAUUAAUUCCUUUUUUUCUCACAUUUGCAUUCGUACCAGAGAGUCCGUACUACCUCUCAAUAAAAAAUCGAAAGGAAGAAGCUAAACGAACAAUAAUAAAGUUAAAAGGAACGAAUGAUCCUGAGAUUGUUAAUUCUGAACUUAUGAGGAUAAAUCAGACAGUGAAGGAGACUAAGGAAAAUGAAAAAUGGGCCUUGUGGGAUUUAUUUUCUCGCGAAGGAAACAGAAAGAGUUUAUUGAUUGUGUUAAUUGUAUGCUGGACGAAAUUUUUAUCGGGUGAUACUUCAAUUGAGGCUUACACACAAGAAAUUUUCAAUUACAGUGAUUUUUCCAUAGAACCUGAAAAUGCUGCUAUACUAUAUGCAGGAGUUACAGUGAUAAUGCCUUUAUUAGUCACUAAAUUUGUUGAACGAGCUGGUAGAAGAAAAACAUUUCUUUUCUCAGGAAUUUUUUCUACCGUCGGAUUGGGGAUUGUGGGACUAUUUUUCUUCGUCAAGUUUUAUAUAAAAGCUGAUACGGCAUCGAUGAGUUGGAUUCCUUUCGCUAGUUUAAUUUUUUAUAAUAUUGCUUCCAAUUUGGGAAUUAGCAGUUUGACCUACGUUAUCACGGGUGAAAUGUUUGCUCUUAAUGUGAAGGAAACUGCUAUAACUUGUGUGACAAUUACGAACGAUAUGUUAGCGUUUUUGGUCAAAGCACCCUGUUUGGCAGAAGAAAACGAUUUGAAAAGGGUGAAAGCAGAUGAGAAUCAAAAUGGCCCAAAUACCCGAGAAUAUCUGCAGCUGGCACUCGCUAAGGUUCUAGAAUUACAAAGGCAAAUUAAGGAGGAUACUUAUAUUUCCGACAGCACCAGCGACUUGGGUGAUUCUGAAACUGAAGAAGACCUAAUGAAGGAAGUCAUAAAAAAAGUCUUCAAGGACCUGCCAGGAUCAUCAAAAAGUAUACAUUCAAUGAUAGACAAUGCAAUAAAACCAAGACAUCCAGAAUUAGAUGUGGUUCGUAGCAAAAGUAUCCAGUUGUCUGGAUAUGACACGUGUCGAAGAGUGGCCGUCAGUUUUAUGAAAAACGUCGUAAAAUUUACACCGAAAACUAUAAACGAUUCAAGUCCAUUUCGACAUGGUAUGUAUUCUAAAGCUGAUGUAAGAACAGCCGGUUACAGAACAGGACUGAAAGAAAGUGAAAUUACUAGUCAUUUUGCAAUCAAUCGAAGACGAGAAACUCUAUCAUCUGAUUACGAAAUCAGAAACAGAAUGUUGAAAAGCCUAGAUCUUCACCUUGCCGUGAAACAAAAAGACUAUACGCUAAGAAUGAUGAGACAGUAAAAUCAUAGUUUAUGGGUUUAUUGGCUUUAGUGGUUUAGAGUUAUAACCACUAUGAAAAGCAGGAAUAAUAUUAGAUAUACAAUUAUGAAUCAAGAAAGAAAAUGUAAAGUAGGCGAGGGGCUUAUGAUUUUUAAAAACGCAUGUUUCCAUAUGAAACCUUUUCAAUUUGUUUAAUAACCGCAAAGGUAAUUUUUGAAAUUCAAGGAAAUUUUCUUAAUGUCGAUUGAAAUCCCUAUCAUCUAUGGAAAUCCAUUUAAAUCUGUUAUAAAAUUGGAACUCUUUGAAUAAUAAGAAAAAUUUGGAAUUUCAUACAUUUUGUAACCCUUUAAUUAUA